AUGAUUUCAACAAUCGGCACAACAACAAUUCAAGCUGCGAACGGCGGGACUCUGUCCACAACUACAGCACCAAACUCGUUAGUCAUGAAUCCUACGUCAAUGUUGGUAGAGAUGAAAAGCUUUAUUCCUUCUUCAUAUACUUUUGAAACAGAAAUCCAGAAGAUAAAGCAAGAACUUUUAACAAGUAAUUUAGACUGUAGUGCAAAAGAUGAAACAAAUGAACAGUAUCUUUAUGAAAUGGAGGACCUCAUCGACCAUUUGCCUAAACUACCUGAAAUUCAGCAGCAAAAACUAACUAUUCCUGAAUUCGACGAAAUUGAAGUCAAAGCAACUGACUCAGUAGAAAUUAAGAAAUUCAUACGUAAAGUAAAUUAUGAAUUCCUUGGUUUUCAUUGCAACCAUAAAGUUAUGGACAAAGAAUGCGACAUGGUUUAUAAAAAUAUUUCUGACCUUUACAAAUCCGAAGAAUUUAAGACAUACGAUAACUUUGUUUCAUUAGUUGCAAAAUGUGUUUGGGAAAUAAGAGAUAAAGAUAGAAGAGGCAAAGUAUGGAACGAACAAAUAAGACCCGCUAUGUUUGAGAUGAAGAGAGCAAUUGACGCUUUAGUUGUUUUAGCUGGUAAUGUUUCAAUGUAUAACGCAAAAACGAUGCCGCAAUGUUCAAAAUGUAAAGCAGCAAUAAGAAAAUAUAACUACUCAGUCAAAGAGAUAGAAAGAAUGCGAAACGACUAUGCAGACUUAAAGAAAGA